AUGGAUCAUGAGCUGAAUGUAACGUACAUAACUCUGGACGGGUAUGUGGAGGUGAACAAGUACAGACACGUUUAUUUUGCCGUCAUGCUUGCAGCUUACGUUCUCAUCCUUUGCUCUAAUUUCACCAUCCUGUGCAUCAUCGUGAGUCACACGAACCUCCACGAGCCGAUGUACGUUUUCAUCGCAGCUCUGUUGAUCAACUCUGUCCUUUACAGCACUAUGAUCUACCCGAAGCUCCUGACUGACGUUCUGUCUAAGAAACAGGUCAUAUCUUACCAAACCUGCCUCUUUCAGUGGUUCCUGUAUUACUUCUUGGGUGGCUCAGAGUUUUUUCUGUUGGCAGCCAUGGCCUAUGACAGGUAUGUGUCCAUAUGCAAACCUCUGCAGUAUCCAACCAUCAUGACGAAGACAGCCGUGGGGGUUUUCCUGCUGCUGGCUUGGCUUCUGCCUGUCUGUAUGGCUGCCGUGCCGAUCGUACUGAGCGCCAACACUAAGCUCUGCAGCUUAACUUUCAAGGGAAUCAUCUGCAGCAGCGCAGUUCAAAAGCUCCACUGUGUCAAAUCAGUACUUCUACGUAUAUACGGCUUGGUGGCUUUGGGAGCUAACAUGCUCUUUCCUGUGCUUUUCAUAGCUUUUACCUACGCCAGGAUAUUCAUAAUCUCCUACAGGAGCUGCAGAGAAGUCUGGACCAAAGCUGCUCAGACCUGUUUGCCUCACCUGCUGGUUUUAAUCUACUUCUCCUGUUUGGUCACUUUCGACGUCCUCAUCGUUCGACUGGACGCCAACUUUCCCAAAUCCGUGCGUCUAAUCAUGGCGCUGCAGACCGUCGUGUGUCAUCCUCUCUUUAAUCCCGUCAUAUAUGGACUGAAAAUGAAAGAGAUCAACAAACAUCUCAAGAGUUUGCUCAGAAAGAUGGUCAAACGAUGUUGGACGGUCGGUUUUUCGUGCAACAACAAGGCAGAGAUGUGA